CGCCUUUACAUCCAUCACCCCAGACCAGACGUACGUAUAUCUUCAACACAUCUUGUCCCAGCUGGCCUGAGAAGUCAAGUCCCACCGAUAUACGCCUCCGGAUUCUCCCAAGUCACCUCGGCAGGCGUCAACCCCACACUGCCCGUCACCAAAGGUCGGUGCGGAUACUGAACCAGGCGGCCUAGACGCCCACCACACCAAGCGUACUGUGCCAUUCCUCGGCACAUCCAAUUUGCACUGCUACUUUUUCACAACAAUUUCCCAAGUAGUUACUAUAAACAUGACUGAAGCACGCGAUCGGCUGCAUGCACUGCCGAACGAGCUCUACAACCAGGUCAUUUCUCACCUGGGCCUCGCCUCCCUCAAGAGCCUCCGCCUUGCUUCCCAGCUGCACGCAAAGAAAUGCCUCGGCCCGGCAUUUCUGUCCUUCUAUGAGGAACAGGAGACGGACCUCACCCCCACGAGCCUCCAGCGGCUGCGGGACAUCACCACCCACCCCGCCCUCGGGCCGGCCGUCAAGCGACUCACCGUCGUCGCCGUCUUCCACAACCCCAGCAGCCUGCUGCUCAAGAUCCGCCGCCUGCGGGACCCCCUGCGCGGCUCAUGGAGCCCAAUGCUCCCCGAAAUCCCCAGUGCCCGCAACAAGGAGCUUCUGGACAAGAUAGGCCAGCUGUACAAGAUCAUGAGCAUCCGCCAUGAGCAGCAGGGCCAGUUCAGCGACGAGAUCGUAGACGCCCUGUCGCACAUCCUCGAGAACCUCGGCUCACUCGAUCUGCUCAAGCUGACUGCUCGCGUCAUCCGCACCGACCUUGACAGGGCCGAUCAGUCGGGCAGUGCCCGCGGCGUGAAUUGGAAUUGCCUCUGGGCAGACUGUAACCGCCUGCUCAAGAUUGUGACCACUGCCAUGAGCAUGAGCCAGGUUGAGGCCAAAACACUCUCCGUCUUCACCGACUGUUUUGGAAAAAUCCAGUCCCGUGUCCUCAACAAUCUGAUCACGGACCUCUCAAACGUCGACUUUGAAUCUCGUGCAGGCGCCAGUAUCAAGUCCCUCAACCUCGGCCUGUCGACCGCCACUGUAAUCCCAGUGACAAGUGAUAUCAUCUUCCACAAGGACGGCUCCAUGAAGCACCUCGCACCCGUUCGCAUAGCCACGAGCGAGGCACGAGGCAGGUCCGAGGAUAACUUCCCGGGCGUCGGCUGGUUCCUCCAGCGGACCCCGAACCUCGAGGCCCUUGACCUCUACUUGUAUAACACCAUGGAAGGUGCCCCGUGGGCAUAUAGCGCCAUGUUCGCCCACAUUUCUCUGAAUGUGAUCCUUCCCUGCUUGCGCCGCAUCACCCUACGAGGUAUCUGGACCAAGCCGAAUGAUCUGCUGCUCUUCCUGCGCAACCAUCCUCGCCUGACGCACAUCGACCUUAGGGAGGUCCACAUAAACGGAGGCACCUGGGACCCGGUCCUGAAGCACCUCAAAUCGAUGCCUGACCUCGCCAGCCUGCAUCUCGAGAACCUGUGGAGCGGCUCCGAGCACCUCCUGAACCUCCAGCCCGUGAACCCGGUGUAUGGCUGCGAAGAGAGGAUACCGGGACAAUUCUACCCCACCCGUAACGGCACGAUGAUCCAUACCAGAGACAUCAGUGUUGAGGAGAUUAGGAAUGGCCUGGAGUUCGUCAAGAGCCGGGGCAGCAGCCGGGGUAAAGGAUCUCGUGCCUUGAUGAAGUGGAUCCAGCAGCGCAAGAUUGACUAUGGGCCCCCUGAGGAGCCCUUCGUCAGCUCACGCUGACCUCCCAGGUGUAGGCACGGGCUACGCCUCUCUCUAGGGAGGCUACCAUAUCUCUUGCUUGCAUUGGCGGCUCUUACGAACAUUUGUUAUCAUGUUAUAUUCAUACCUAUACCCUAU